AUGAAAUAUUCAUUUUCACUUGUAAUUAUUUUAAUAUUAUCCGUAUUUUUAUAUAAUGUAAAUGCAUCAGUUGAUUUGAAGGUUGGCUAUUGCAGUGAUGAAUGUUAUUGUGGUGCAAAAUAUUUUGAAGAUUAUGGAAAAUCUGGUUCAAGUUACAAUGAUUAUACAAUUCCAAAUUAUCCAGAAAAGAUUCAAGUUUGGACAGUUGAUAUGUCAUAUAAUGAAACUGGAAAAGAGCUCUUAUUAUCUGGUACAUUCACUGAAGGAGAUUCAAUUCAAUACCCAAUUAAUGAUCAAGAUAAUUCUUAUGAUAAUCCAGAUUGUACAUAUGCUUCAUUUCACAAAUUUAAUGAUGGUAGUUGUACAGUUCUUGUAAUUUGUAAUAAUGCCAUUUCUUCUUUUACUUUUUCAUAUUUAAUUUUAGCAAUUUCAAUUUUAAUUUCAUUUUUAAUUUUAUAA